AUGGAUGGGCACGCCAGCCGCCGCGGCCGUGAAGGGGGUCCCAACUUGGCAUGGGCAACUGAUCAACUGAUGAAGACUCUUGUGACUAACGAACCUACCCGUCCAGGAGUCUAUCUGGAGGAUCUAACGGUUCUCGAACAUUGGAUUUCCAACGCACCCGGCUUCCUAAGGGGACAGAUAUCCGAGGCCCUCAAGGAUCCCAAGGAGAUAGGGAUGUGGCCGUUCCAGCGUUGCAACGGACCCGUAGAGACGAUCCUUUCCCCGUACCUUCUAUACGGGAACCACUGGGUAACGGUCGAGGCUGGGUUUGACGACCAGAGUCAGUACAUCCGGGUCUACGAUCCUAUAAUUCGGCGCCGUCCCUCCUUCAACAGCAAGGAGCCUCCACCGUCUGUUCCACUUGGCAAGCCUUCGUUCAGGAUUACUACCCGGGGGUCAGGACUAGAAGAGCGUGCCAGUCGAGGCCGCAUCCUGUCCUAA